CACUUAAUUGUCGACCGGCAUUUACAAGUGUAAAAUUUCCACGUAAUUGCUACGGUUCAGUUUUCACAAUGCGAUUGACAAACAAACAAUUAGUAUUGUUAGCAAUAUGCGCAGUCGCCACAGUAUCCUCCGUUUAUGGCGGCGAAGUUCCGCGUCCUCGCGGCGUUUCACUAGCUAAGGCGGCGCUCUAUCAACCGCGCUCUGAUGGGAAAUGGACAUGCUUGGAUGGCAGCAAAACGAUACCAUUCACUCAGGUGAACGAUGAUUACUGUGAUUGCCUCGAUGGCAGCGAUGAACCUGGCACUUCAGCAUGUCCCCAAGCCAAAUUCCAUUGCAUCAACAAGGGCCAUCAAUCGCUGGACAUUCCCAGUUCACAGGUGCAAGACGGCAUUUGUGAUUGUUGCGACGGUAGCGACGAGCUGCCCGUCGUGGGCUGUGGCAAUACUUGCAACGAACUCGGUGCAGCGGCAGCUAUUGAGCGACGCAACGCUGCGGAGCUGCAUAAGCGGGGCGCUGAGAAGCGACAGGAAAUGAUUACCCGCGGCAAACAAUUGAAGGCAGAUCGGGCGGCACGACGCUCAGAGCUGGGAGCACGGAUCAAGGAACAGGAGGGCCUGAAAGCUGAAAAGGAGCAGCUCAAGCGCAACGCUGAAGCUUUAGAAAAUGAAGCAAUGGAGGCCUUCAAGGAGCAACAGCGUGAACUGGAUGCGGAGACGGCGCAAGCGGAGCAGGAACCACAGCAAAUGCGCCAGGAGGCGACGCUCAGCUUUGUGCGCUACGAUGCCAACAAGGAUGGCUUUGUGGAGAUCACCGAACUGAUGGUUGACAUGAAUCUAGACAGCGAUCGCAAUGGCGUUGUCACUGUCGAGGAGGCCAAAUACUUUUUGGAUGAACGCGAACGUGUUGAUCUGGAUGCCUUUGUCACAUUGGCCUGGCCACGCAUCAAGCCACAGAAGAUGCUGGCCGAAGGUCUCUUCCAGCCGCCAGUUGUAGAGACUGAGCAGCCAAAGCCUCAAGUGCCAAGCACUGAAGCCCCACAGGCCCCAGUAGUCAAUGAUGAACAAGCGGACAUGGAACUGGGAAUUGAUGAGCAUGGUCACGAUGGCGAAGAGGACAACGAAGAUGAAGAGGAUCAGUACGAAGAGGAUGACGAACCCGAUGUGGGCGUAGGAGAAGCCACUGCCGACUCAGAAACAUCAACUGCCGCACCCAAUUACGAUCCUGAGACACAACGACUGAUCGAACAAGCCAACGAGGCGCGCAAUGCUUUCGAUGAGGUGGAUCGCCACAUUCGUGAAAUUGAGCAUGAAAUCAAGGAGCUGGACGAACAGGAAGGCAAAGAUUAUGGCCGUAACGAGGAGUGGGCGGUACUUGAUGGCGAGUGUUAUACGUUCGAGGAUCGCGAAUAUGUCUACACUUUGUGUCCCUUCGAUCGUGCGUCACAAAAGCCACGCAACGGUGGCGCUGAAACCACUUUGGGUCGCUGGGAUCAAUGGUUGGGCGAGGGCGACAAGUAUAGCAAACAAAAGUAUUCGAAUGGUGCCGCUUGCUGGAAUGGACCACAACGUUCAGCGCUGAUCAACAUUAAGUGCGCCUUGGAACCACGCAUCACGGGAGUCAGUGAGCCAAAUCGGUGUGAAUAUUAUUUCGAAUUCGAGACACCAGCUGCCUGCGAUAGCGAGGCUUUCCAGGCCGCCGAACAGAAUCAGCACGAUGAACUUUGAAAGAUAGCAACAACGAGAGAUUGAUAGUUGAAACGAAACGUUGGAUCUGGUUAGCAGUUUGUAGUUCUUAAUGGAAGUAAAUGUAAUUUGUAAUUGUAAAGUGAUUUUUGCUGAUCAUUCCCCCACGUACUAUAUAUAUUUGUAUAUCAAAGGCGCGCUCAUUUUGCAUUCGGUCGUAGACAAAUAUUCAAUGUAUGCUGCAUUUAAGAGCCAAGUAAAAAGUUUCAUUUUUUAAAUAUACAUUCUAUAUACUACA